AUGCCCUCUUCACUCAUGUUGAUCUUCAUGGCCACUUUUUCCCUGGAGACGUUGAUUGCAAUGUUGCAGAAUGGCUUCAUUGUUGCUGUGCUGGGCAGGGAGUGGGUACAAGGCUGCACACCCUCCUCGGGGGAUGUGAUUGUGGCCUGCCUGGCUGCGUCCCGGUUCUGCCUGCAUGGGCUGGCCCUCCUGAACAGCUUCCUGGGCUUCUUUAAGUUUUCUUCCAAAAUUUACUAUUUCAGCAUCCCCUGGGACUUUAUCAACACUCUCAAUUUCUGGCUGACUGCCUGGCUUGCUGUCUUCUACUGUGUGAAGAUCUCAACCUUCUCUCAUCCCACCUUCCUCUGGCUGAAGUGGAGGAUUUCUCGGUCAGUGCCCAGGCUUCUGCUGGGCUCCCUGAUCAUAUCUGGUGUGACAGUCAUCUCAUCAGCUACUGGGAAUAGCAUCGCUGUGCUGAGGAGUACCUCCCAGAGUUCCCCUGGAAACCACACUUUGGCUGAUAGAAUAAGCCCCUUCUUUCGGCACUUUUUUCUGAGUCAAGAGCUACUUGUGUUGUUGCUUCCUUUUCUCCUGUUCCUGGUGUCCACCCUCUUGCUCAUGUUCUCACUGCACCAGCACCUGCAGCAGAUGAGGGCCCACAGACCCAGCCCACAUGAUCCCAGCACCCAGGUUCACAUCACGGCCCUGAAGUCACUUUCCUUCUUCUUUGUGUUCUACACAUCAUAUUUCCUGUCCCUGAUUAUUGUUUCUAUGCAAAUCACAGCCCUGCAGCAUCAGUGGCACUGGGCCUGGGAAGUGGUGACCUAUGCAGGCAUUUGUCUGCAUUCCAGCAUCCUGGUGCUAAGCAGCCCCAAGCUGAGAAAGGCCCUGAAGACAAUCUUUGGAAAGCCCUUGACAAAAGAUGCUUCAUCUCAAGUUAUCAGUAUCAAUAACCAGUAUCAAUGGACAAGCCCAUGA